CAAGUGUGUUCAUAACAACAAUUAAAACAAAGUGAAAUUUCAUUUUCAGGCCAACGCGCCGCCGUGCCUGAAAGAAAAAGCCACCGUUCCUUCUCCCAUCAUUCCGUAGUCGGAUUCGAAAAAUGGGGAAAGAAAAUGGAGGAGAUUCAGAGAGAAAUAAGAAUAAUAAUAAGAAGAAGAGUCGAGGGAUGGCGUCGAUUUUCAUGCACGCCGACGCCGUGGACAAGUUUCUGAUGACGUUGGGUUUCAUCGGAGCUAUCGGAGAUGGCCUCACAACCCCUCUGGUCUUGAUCGUUUCUAGCCGUCUCAUGAACAACAUCGGCCAAACGUCUUCCAUUUCCAUAACUGAUUCUUUUGUAGCCAACAUCGACAAGAAUGCAGUGGCUCUGUUGUAUGUAGCUUGUGGGGGAUUUGUGGCUUGUUUUGUUGAAGGAUAUUGUUGGACGAGAACCGGAGAGAGACAGGCGGCGAGAAUGAGAGCAAGAUAUUUAAAGGCAGUUCUCCGGCAAGAUGUUGGCUAUUUUGAUCUGCACGUGACUAGCACGUCCGAAGUUAUCACCUCCGUUUCCAAUGACAGCUUAGUCAUUCAAGACGUCUUGAGUGAGAAGAUCCCAAACUUCCUGAUGAACGCGGCGAUAUUCGUCGGAAGCUAUCUCGCGGCGGUGAUACUAUUCUGGCGGCUGGCGGUGGUCGGAUUCCCUUUCGUAGUAUUGCUAGUGAUCCCAGGCCUUCUUUACGGCAAAACAUUAAUGGGGUUAGCUAGAGAAAGCAUGGAGGGGUACCAGAAGGCCGGAUCAGUGGCAGAGCAGGCAAUUUCAUCGAUCCGAACCGUGUACGCUUUCGCCGGAGAAGACAAGACCAUAACGGAAUAUUCAUCGGCGUUAGAAGGAUCGGUAAAGUUAGGGAUCAAACAAGGAUUUUCUAAAGGAUUGGCCAUCGGAAGCAAUGGAGUUUCGUUUGCAAUUUGGUCGUUCAUGUCUUGGUAUGGUAGUCGAAUGGUUAUGUACCAUGGCGCUCAAGGUGGCACCGUUUUUGCCGUCGGAGCUUCCAUUGCCGUCGGUGGAUUAUCAAUCGGUUCGGGUUUAUCAAACAUAAAGUACUUUUCGGAAGCAUGUGCGGCCGGUGAGCGAAUCAUGGAAGUAAUAAACCGGGUUCCCAAAAUCGACUCGGCCGACAUGGAAGGCCAAAUCCUUCAAAAUGUCUCCGGGGAGGUUCAGUUCACCAACGUUCAAUUCGCCUACCCUUCCCGGCCCGACACCAUGGUCCUCAACGAUCUGACCCUCACAAUUCCCGCAGGCCGCACCGUCGCCCUCGUCGGGGGCAGCGGGUCCGGUAAGUCGACCGUCAUCUCUUUGUUGCAGAGAUUUUAUGACCCAAUUGGAGGGAGCAUUGCGGUGGAUGGAGUGGGAAUUGAGAAAUUGCAAUUGAAAUGGCUGAGAUCGCAAAUGGGGCUUGUGAGUCAAGAGCCGGCGCUUUUUGCUACUUCGAUUAAAGAGAAUAUUCUGUUCGGGAAAGAAGAUGCCACCAUUGAUGAAGUUGUUGAAGCUGCUAAAGCUUCUAAUGCUCAUUGUUUUAUUUCUCAGUUUCCUCAAGGAUAUGAUACUCAGGUAGGGGAAAGAGGAGUUCAAAUGUCGGGAGGACAAAAGCAAAGAAUUGCCAUAGCACGAGCCAUAAUCAAGCGACCACGAAUCCUUCUCCUAGACGAAGCCACCAGUGCCUUAGACUCGGAAUCCGAGCGUAUCGUCCAAGAAGCCCUCGACAAAGCCGCCGUCGGUCGCACCACCAUCAUCAUCGCCCACCGUCUCUCCACCGUCCGCAAUGCCGACCUAAUUGCCGUCCUCCAAAACGGCCAAGUCAUGGAAAUCGGUUCUCACAAUGAUCUGAUCCGGAACCAAGCUGGCCUUUACACUUCCCUCGUCCACCUCCAACACAAAUCCCCACCUGAACCUCCUUCAUCCUCCAUAUCCCACAUCGAAAAAACCACCACCACCACCACCGGCAGCCGCCGCCUCCCCCAUCUCAGCCGCUCCAGCUCCGCCAACUCCGGAGCCUCCGACGUAGUUCACGAAACAGCCCCAUCAUCAUCCAACAUCGAAAAAGAACAAGAACUCCCAAUUCCAUCGUUUCGAAGGCUAUUGGCUCUGAAUCUGCCGGAAUGGAGACAGGGUUUAAUGGGCUGCAGUGGGGCAAUUUUAUUUGGCGCUGUUCAGCCUUUGUAUGCAUAUGCAAUGGGAUCGAUGAUUUCUGUGUAUUUCUUACAUAGUCAUGAGGAGAUUAAAGCCAAAACGAGGACUUAUGCGCUUUGCUUUGUUGGGUUGGCUAUGUUUUCUUUUCUUGUCAACAUACUCCAACAUUAUAACUUCGCGUACAUGGGAGAAUAUCUUACCAAAAGGGUUCGAGAAAUGAUGCUUUCCAAGAUCCUUACAUUUGAAAUUGGCUGGUUCGAUCAAGAUGAACAUUCUAGCGGUGCGAUUUGCUCGAGACUAUCUAAAGAUGCCAAUGUGGUGCGAUCCUUGGUGGGGGAUAGAAUGGCUUUAAUUGUGCAAACGAUUUCAGCUGUAACUAUAGCAUUCACAAUGGGACUUGUGAUUUCAUGGAAGCUAGCACUUGUAAUGAUCGCUGUUCAACCUUUAGUCAUAUGCUGCUUCUACACAAGACGAGUGCUCUUGAAAAAAAUGUCGAACAAAGCCAUUAAAGCACAAGAACAGAGCAGCAAGCUUGCAGCAGAGGCUGUCUCUAACCUUCGAACAAUCACAGCAUUCUCUUCACAAGAACGCAUUCUCAAAAUGCUAGAGAAAGCCCAAGAAGGCCCAAAACGAGAAAGCAUCAAGCAAUCAUGGUAUGCUGGGAUUGGACUCGGCUGCUCCCAAAGCCUCACCACCUGUUCAUGGGCGUUGGAUUUCUGGUACGGCGGAAAAUUAGUAGCACAAGGACAAACCACGGCUAAAGCUCUGUUCGAGACCUUCAUGAUUUUGGUUAGCACCGGCCGUGUAAUCGCCGAUGCCGGUAGCAUGACGACAGAUCUCGCUAAAGGGUCAGAGGCAGUUGGGUCAGUUUUCGAUGUCUUGGAUCGAUUCACUAAGAUCGAACCAGACGAUCCAGAAGGGUACAAACCCAAUAAAUUAAUCGGCCAAAUCGAAAUCAACAAUGUGGAUUUCACUUACCCAUCUCGACCGGAAGCGAUGAUAUUUCGUGGCUUUUCAAUUAACAUUGAGGCUGGAAAAUCCACCGCGUUGGUUGGACAAAGUGGGUCAGGAAAAUCCACCAUAAUCGGCUUAAUCGAACGAUUCUACGACCCGAUUAAAGGAACAAUCAAUCUCGACGGUCGCGACAUCAAAUCGUAUCAUCUCCGAACGCUGAGAAAACAUAUCGCAUUGGUUAGCCAAGAACCGACGCUAUUCGCAGGAACAAUAAGGGAAAACAUCAUAUACGGAAUUUCGAGAGCAGUAGACGAAUCGGAGAUAAUAGAAGCGACAAAAGCAUCAAAUGCACACGAUUUCAUCUCGGGAUUGAAAGAUGGGUACGAGACAUGGUGUGGAGACAGGGGAUUGCAAUUGUCAGGAGGCCAAAAACAGAGGAUCGCCAUAGCUAGAGCGAUAUUGAAGAAUCCAGGCGUACUGUUACUAGAUGAAGCGACAAGUGCGCUUGAUGGGCAGUCGGAAAAGGUGGUUCAGGAGGCUUUGGAGAGGGUAAUGGUGGGAAGGACGAGCGUGGUGGUGGCACACAGGCUGAGUACAAUACAGAAUUGCGAUAUGAUUGCGGUUUUGGAUAAAGGGACGGUGGUGGAAACAGGGACUCAUUCGUCGUUGCUGGAAAAAGGACCAAGUGGAGCUUAUUAUGCUUUGGUAAAUUUGCAGAGGAGGUCCCAUUAGAAUCUCUCUCUUUCAGCCAAGCUAGGGAUUGGAGAAGAUGAUUAGUAGGUCUAGUCUAACCACAUUGUUAUUUUUAAUCUUAUGAUCUAGUUGGGGGUUGGUGGAAAAUAAUGGAGAGAGGGGAGGACUUCAAUAUGUAAAUCAUGUGAAGUUUUUUUUUGGUUUUCUUCUUUCCAUUUUAUAAGUUUUAUAUUAUAAGCUCUUUAAAUGAUAUUUUAGGAGUUAUCUUAUUUUUA